UGUGUUUUCCAGGUGUAAAAUGUCCGACCCGUACUAUUGCGGCAUACCUACUCAUUUCAACAAUUAAAAAACCUCUUUUCACGAAAAGAAUGGCUGAAUAUAAUGAAGAUACGUUUUCUUUUGAAACACUAAGAAACAACGUAUCAAAUUUCUGUCUUUUUUUUAAUAAAUAUACUCAAGACCAAAGACAAAAGCUAUUAGAUGAUAAAAAUGAACAUCUGAAACAAUGCUCAGAACUAUGGGAAAAACAAAAGAAAACGGAAAAGGAACUUGAAAGAGCACAAUUGCGUGAAAAGGAAGUAAUGGAUAAUAUCGAGAAAGAAAAACUAGAACAACUGACUAUAACGCAAGAAAUACAACGUUAUACCGAGAUAUUAGAAGAUAUGAACCGGAGAAAAGCACUUUUAGCAGAAGAAAUUGAACGGCAACAGUCGGUUUUGACCGCAAAACGAGAAUUGAAAGCAAAAGAGGAACACCAUUUCAUGAAACAGAAAAGUUUAGACAAUCCAGAAUUGCAAUUCUGGGAAAAAUAUCUGGGAAUGAGAAUUGAAGGUGUUCGCGAGGAUGAACUUCGAAUUGUGUUUGUUAACAUCGACGAUAAAAAUUGGAAGAAGCGGUUUUCCUUUCAUAUCAACUUCAUGGAAAAGCUAUACGAAGUUACAAAGUGUAAUCCUCCAUUAUCAAAUUUGGAAGAACUUGUUGAGCGGCUCAACAAAACAAGAAACUUUUUCCGCUUUUUGAAAGAAAUUCGGAUGUCGUUUUAUAUUUAUGCUCACUCAAAUAGCUAAGGGAUGUGGUUUGGAUGAUGAUUACCAAAUUUUUCAAGGUUCUCGUUUUACAUCAAUCAUGCUCGUAUCUUCCUCGGUAUCUGAAACAACAUGCACUGUUUCUUCUUCGUUCUUUUGUGCAAUUUGUUUGUUAUACUCCAUCGCUUCAGCAAACUUGUUUAACAUGUUGCUACUGGAUGUAUCCAGAAGAAUGCCAUGCUAUUUAAAGUUAGUGAUACUAUGCAAUAGACCGUAAUUCUUACCUGCUCAAACGUUUCAAGUUUUGAAAUGGUAUGUGCAUAACUUUGCGAUGGUAACGUUCUUGGAAUUUUCAGUUUUCCAAGUAAAGAUAUCAAUAGCUUUUUAUCUUUUGCUGGUGCUAUGUUAGUCAUUUGUCUUGAACAUAAUUUUUCAAAACAUACACUCAUCGUCCUCGAGUUCUACAAGUGCAUCAAUAAUGUUGUCCGCAAUAUGCAAGUGUAGAUCUUGAUUUUCGAGUUUGAGAUUAUCAUGAAGCAUGUAAAGUUUUUCAAAAUCAAUCCAGUCAAGUAUCUGCUGAGCAAUAUUAAGAGGUGUUAAUACUCGAUCAUCGUCAUCCAGACUAUCAUAAAUUUCCAUCAAAUGUAGUAGUGUAUCACAAAACACCUAGACAACAUGUUAGAAGUUGUGUAUGUAAAUACACAUCGACUUACGUUUCCAAUUCUACGCUGAUUUUCAUAAGAACCAAAUGCAUAUACAGGGA